AUAUAUACGCAGAUUCUAAAUCGACGAUAUGCGACGAUAAUGUAGUGACGCAGUUAACGCCGCGUAUGGCGAUAAUGUAGUGACGCAUUUAACGCCGCGCCACCCCUGCGCACUAGCACAGGUGCGCAUGCGCCCUUCUCGCUCGUCGCAGGAACCAUUACGUCAAUUUUCCACCGGCGUUCGUCGCGGGAAUAGUUUGACCUUUCGACGAUGAUUGAGACCGACAAGAUGCUGCAGCUGAGGAGAUACAUGACGCUUCUUAGAGCCGGUGCAAAAUCGCGCGUUGUCCAUUCGCACCUGCACACGUCGUCGUCGCCGCGCGAGAUACCAAGUCUCGUGACGUGUGAAGGUUAUGUUUCUCGUUACGUGCAUCACGGCCUGUCUCGACUGCAGGUGCAUUUGCGAAAAUUGCCCUGUGAAAGUUACACCGCCACGUGUAUCAGGACGUUUAGCACGACGGUUCCGCAAACGUCGAUCGAAGACAUCGAUCAUAAAUUGAUGACGUUGUGCGAUGAUAUUAAAAGGGGUCAGGUGUCGGCGGACAACUUGAAGGAGGUUAUUAAACUGUGCGAGGAGACCGACUAUCAGCUGCAACACGACACAGGUAUGCUGUUGCUCAAGUGUUGCGGCAAUCUAUUGUCCAAUUUGGAGACGACCGAGAGGCAAUAUCUGACGGAUCAGGUAUGGCGUCUUGCGAAGAAAAGUAGCGAAGGACUGACGUUGGAGUAUUACAAUACUUUGUUGAAUGUUCACAUGGAAAAUUCCAAUUCUGUGGAGCCUAAGCAGUUCUUAGUAGACAUGAACGUGGAGCCAGACAAGAACACCUAUCAUUUGUUGCUGAGUGCAGUUGCAAAGAUGGGUAACAGCAAUCAUCUACAGGAUAUUAUAUCUGUGAUGAAAGAAAAGAACGUCAUUAUCGAUGAGGAUACAUUUAAUGGUUUGGUGGAGAUUUAUGUGACCAAUGAUAAUAUUGCUCAGGCAGAACACGUGAUAAAACUCAUGCAAGAUGCAAAAUUAUCUACGAACAAAGCGUACACAGAACUAGCAUAUGGAUAUGCGAAACUUGGUGAUAUUCCGAAUCUGGUUAAAAUAUUGAAUGACGAACCACAGAGCAACACAAAUCUUCUGAAAUUGAUAGAGGUUUUGAGCACCUCCAAUAACAGCAGACACAUUCCUGUUGUUCUAAAUUUUUUGAUGACUUCUGUACCAACUAUCAAGUUACAGAUCUCUAAGACGAUAACAAAUUUGAUACGCGCCGAUCGAGUCGCGGAUGCUCAUAUGAUCAUAAAUUGUUUUGUUAUGAAUGAUACGACGAAAGAUGUUGCAAAAAGCUUUGUAAAUAGCUUCUUGAACGAAUUAAUUAUGUUAAACCCAUCAGUCGACGAAAUUACAAGAUAUACUAUCGAUUUCGUGAAUUCCGGUUGUGAACCGCUGGCAUUGAUUAAUGUAGCGGAGUCCGGGUUAAAGCUUGGCAGAGAAAAUUUGUGCCUUGCGAUAUUCAAAGCAAUGAGAGAAAAGGGUAUAGAGGUACGACCACACUAUUAUUGGCCUUUAUUAGCAGUAGCACAUUACAAUCACGGUGAAGCAAAGAUAUUGUCACUUGUAAAGUAUAUGGUAGAUACAGGAGUGACACCAGACUUUGAUACAUUAUUGAAUUAUGUAUUUCCAUAUGUAAACACUGCAAAUCCGAGUAUUACUCUACAGAAAUUACUAAUUAACGGCGUACCUGGCUCUGUCGUGUAUACACCCUUAAUAUUCUUUCUGCUGUCUCACAAUCGGAUGCAAGACAUAAAAACAUUGUGCACACGCAGUAAGUCAUAUAGAAUAUAUUACAAAGAAAUUAUGAAACCUUUAGUGCGUGCUUACAUCGCCACAAAAGAUGUCGAGACUUGCGUAUUGUUAUUAACAAUGUCUCCGCUCGGUCAAAAUUUCAUUGGUUGGUUUUUGAAAAUGUUGUUGAACAAUAAACAGUUGACAUACACUGUGGAGGAUUUGCAUGUUUUCUUGGAAGCAUUUAAGAAAUGUGGAGCUAAAAUACCACAAUGUGAUGCAACUGUUCUCAAGAACACUUUGUUGAAUGAAAAUUUCAAAUUUACAGAAAAUGCAAACAUAAUAAAGCUAAUAGACAAUCUAGGGAACAUUAAUUUGAAAGAAUCAGCGCUCUCAUUGUUCACUCCCCCAAAAUGUAUGAAUCCUAAUGAGCUAGCGUGUCAUCUGGUUGAAUUGAAGAACAAAAAUAUGCCAAUCAGAAACACUUUGCGCCUGUUGCUGGAGAUACAUUGUAUCGAGAACAAUUUAAAGAAAGUCGAAGAGAUAAAACAAGAAUGGGACAGGUGUGGAUAUGAAUUGACACCCGGUAUGAAGAUGCAACUGUUCGAAUUAUACGUCAGAUGUGACAAACUGAGGGAUGCCGAAAUAAUGCUGUCCAAUCUAGAUACAUCUAAUUUCCUCAUAGAUAACGUUAAGAUUAUAAAGUUUGCUACUGCAUUGGUAAAGGCAAAUAAACUCAAAAAAGCUUUUGAAAUUAUCAAUAAAAUAGAUAAUGUUAAUUUGAAAACAGAUGCAAAGAAGCAAUGUCAUCUGCUUUUGCAAACAUUAGCAGGGAGUGAGUAUGAUUCUUACACGAAAGAUAUGUUGAAUCUGCUCAUCCAGAAGGGAUAUUGUGAAAUAACAACCGAACUAUUGAGACCGAUAGUGGCGAUAUCAUUAAAACACAAUGAUAUUCAGGGUGCUGUAGAUAUAUUUAUUACAUGUGCCACAAAAUUCAAAAAAACACCAUUGGCAUUGGAACUAUUGACGGAAUUGUUGAAGCAGAAAGACAGUUCGAAAUUGCUUGACACAGAAAUAAACAUAAAGAAGAUAUAUAAUACAUUGGUUAUGUUAACUAGUGUAGAUGCUGCAAAUACAAUGCUAGUAUUAGCGCUGGCGACAUUGGACAAGACGCAGGAAAUACAAACUAUAUUGCAGAAUCAAAGAAUUUCCUCCGUCACUCUUUUACAUUAUUUCAAAUAUGCACAAAGGAUCAGAAAUGUAGAUUGUUUAUUGAAGCUCUUGAAAGCAAUUCCAAGUUCGAACGAAAUGGACCAAUCUUUAUUAAGCGAAAUGCUUCUUUCCAUUUACAGUAAAAUAGGAGACUGCAAUAAUGCAAUAGAGCUUUGGAAGCUAAUGUGUGCAAAAAAUAUUAAGCCCAGUGAACAAUUCAAGAAUAAUUUUACUCAGUUUCUGCAAGCAAAUAAAGUUCCACUUCCCUUAGAGUUUGAACAAGAUAAGAGUGAAAUAAAUGUGAAUAAUUAGAGAAUUUAAAAUAGAAAUAAUAUACGUGAAAUAGUGAAAAAUCCAAAGAUAAAUAAAG